UUGAACGCCGCAACCAAAGUCGAGCGCUGGCACCCAACGAUCAAGUUUCCCACAAUUUUCCAGCACCUGGUUGCCUUUAUAUUUUUUUUCAGUUUUCUUGAAGAGUGUGAUCUCGGUUUUUCUUCUUUUUUUUCUGUUUUGCUCGCACUUAGCCAGUGUAACUGUGCGCAAAAAGUAAUUAAAACGAGAAACUAGUGAAGCAAAUACCAUCCAUAAGAAACGAACUGAUACACAGAUACAGAUAGAGAUACAGAUACAGAUACACCUAUACAUCGGCAGCCACAUCAACAUUGGCAUCAGCAUCUGCUCGUGCCUAAAGUGUUUUGUGUGAAAAAUUAAUAUUUAAAUGUGCAUUGUCUGAAGUCGAAUACGAGCAAAACAUCUUUGGAAACAAUGAGAUUAGCAUUGAUAUUGUGUACGCUAUGCGCUGGCCUGUGCUUGGCCAGCGCCCUGGGCCAGCCAGAGACGCCGACGAAAUCUUCAGCCAGCGGCUAUCCGAAGAAGGUGACGACCCUGAAGAAGCGACCAACCAAGACGCCCGCCACCACCACGCUGACCUCCUCAGCCGCCCAGACGGGCAGCAGCGCAGCCACAACGAAGCCGAGCAAGCCACGCGUCAAGAUCGCCAGCAAGACGACGGCCGCGACGAAGCCACCUUCGCUGACAGCCCGCUUUGGCAAUUUGCCCGCUGACGAUCUGGAGUUCAUCAAGGAGCUGGACAAACAGUUCAAGCUGCACGGCAACAAGAUCAAGAUCAAAGUGGAGCGUGAGAAUACGACCCGCAGCAGCAGCAGCAGCAGCAGCGGCGGCGGCAAGAACAGCAAGCGCACCAUCGACGGCGAACUGGGCUAUGGCUAUGCGCAUCAGGGAUACGACUAUACGCCGCCCAAGUUCAUGUUUUAUCCGUACUCGCAGCAUGAUAUACCCGCAACGGAGUCGCCGGAUAUAUACACGGGCUACUCGUCCGCGGAAUACGAGCAGCCGGGCACGAUUAAGGCCCAGCAGCAGCCCAUCCAGCAUCAGCAGGUGACCAGCGUGACCAUUGAGCCCUCCUAUUCCUACGAGCUGAAGCCGCAGACCAGCUACGAAACACGCCAGCCGAGCGCUGAGCAGCACGCGCAUGCGGAGCAGCCGCAGAUCGACUUGCCACAGCCGCACCAGGAGACCAGUGGGGCGGCCGGAGACUACCAGGAGCCCGUAAUUGUGCUGCGCAUACCCGGCCCGGCCAAAUACGCGGCACAUCUGCAGGCACUGCUGCAGCAAUACCUGGAGAUACGCGCUGCCCAGUAUCUGCAGCUGCUGCAGGAGGCGGAGCAGCGCAAGCAGCAUCAGGCCGAGGAGUUGGCGCCGCAGGCCUACGCCACGCCCGAGCAGCACGACCCGGCCCACUAUCAUCCGGACGUCAGCUACGCGCAUCAGGUAGCCGCCACGCCCCCGCCCAUACAGUACGCGCCCAUUGACGAUGUCUACCAGAGCUACAAGGGCCGCCACCAGCAGAUGGCCCAGGCACCGCAGUACGAGCCGCCCGCCCCUGAGAGCUACUAUGCGCCCAGCGCCUACCAGCAGCAGCAGCCGCAGUACUACUACGCCCAGCCGCAGCAGCAGACGCAGUACGAGAGCAGCUAUCAGCCACAGCUCUAUCUGAUUGCCAUGGCACCGCAGACGCAAUACGCUGAGCCCUCGGAGCCAGCGCAUCAUCAGCAGCAGCAGCAGCAGCAACAACACCAGCAGCAGCAGCAGCAGCAGCAGCCCAUAUAUGUGCCCGAGCAGGAUCCACCAACGGCACCCGAAGCAGAGCCGACUGGCCACGAUCACGAGCUGCCCAUCACCGAGAACAACCCGCGCCCCACACACACCAAGGUCAUCUUCAACUCGCAGGGCAGCGGAGCCGACUACUCCUCGAGCAUGUAUGCGCUGCCCUCCAUUCGGCCAUACCCAAAGGAGCAGCAGCAGCCGCAGCAGCAGGCGGAGAGUGGCCACACAGAUGGGGCCACCACGGUCGCCGACUAUCAGCCAGCCCAUGAGGCCGGCGAGCCCGUGAGCAUCACACAGCCUCCCUACAACUACCACGCUCACGGACUCAAGAUGGCGCUCCAGCAGCGCCAGGGCAAGCGGGCAACCAAGCCGGAACACGCCCCCGACCGCCAGCUGCAGCAGAUACGCGAGUAUGUGCGCGAGAAGCUGGGCGCCGAGAUGGGCUCAGCCGUGGAGUACAAGACGACGCAGCUGCUGGAGGGUUAACUCAGCUCAACUCGACUCGAGUCGACUCGGCUGCCGCUAUUUGUUAAUAUUAUUGUAUA